GAACCACAUGCAGACAGCAGCCGCGCUCUUUCUCCAGCAACGCCUCAACAUGUUACGGAUUUGAUUCACCACUGUAUAAACGACAAAUAUUUCCUUCAUACAGUGGGUGAACACACACUGUCGUGGAGAUGCAACAGUUUAAGAAUGUAUCGAUUUGUCUCAUUUCCCUUUUAUGCGGGUUGACAACUGGAGGGUCUCCAAGUGUUCAAAUUGGGGGCUUGUUUCCGAGGGGAGCUGAUCAGGAGUACAGCGCGUUUCGGAUCGGAAUGGUUCAGUUCGGAACGGCUGAAUUUAGACUGACGCCUCACAUUGACAAUCUGGAAGUAGCAAACAGUUUCGCUGUAACUAACUGCUUCUGUUCUCAGUUCUCAAGAGGAGUUUAUGCUAUUUUUGGAUUUUAUGACAAAAAGUCAGUGAACACAAUUACGUCGUUCUGCGGGACACUUCACGUCUCUUUCAUCACACCAAGCUUUCCCUUGGAUGGAAAUCAGCAGUUUAUCAUUCAGAUGCGACCAGACAUCAAAGGACCUCUCCUGAGUCUCAUUGAGUACUACAAAUGGAACAAGUUUGCCUACCUGUACGACAGUGACCGAGGACUUACCACACUCCAAGUUGUGCUGGACACAGCAGCAGAGAAGAAAUGGCAGGUGACCGCCAUCAACGUGGGCAACAUGAAGGAUGAGAGAAAGGAUGAAGCAUAUCGCUCACUCUUUCAGGACCUAGAAAACAAGAAGGAGCGGAGAAUCAUCCUUGACUGUGAGCAGGACAAAGUUAAAGAUAUCAUGGAACAGGUCAUAACUAUUGGCAGGCAUGUGAAAGGAUAUCACUACAUCAUAGCAAACCUGGGUUUUGUGGAUGGAGAUCUUUCAAAAAUCCAAUACGGUGGAGCCAAUGUGUCAGGCUUUCAGAUUGUGGAUUUCGAUGACCCCCUGGUAUCUAAAUUUGACCAGCGCUGGGAAGCCCUGGAGGAAAAAGAAUAUCCUGGAGCAGACAGCAAGAUACGGUACACUUCAGCACUGACGUAUGACGCAGUUCAGGUGAUGACUGAGGCCUUUCGUUACCUGCACAAACAGCGAAUUGACAUCUCCCGUAGAGCUAACACUGGAGACUGUCUGGCCAAUCCUGCUGUACCAUGGGCACAAGGGGUGGAGAUAGAGCGUGCCCUAAAACAGGUGAGAGUUGAUGGUCUCACUGGUAACAUUCAGUUUGACCAGUAUGGAAAGAGGGUAAAUUACACUGUCAAUGUCAUGGAACUGAAAAGCAAUGGACCAGUUAAGAUUGGCUAUUGGAAUGAAGUUGAUAAAAUGGUUGUGACAAAGUCUGAUCUCUUCCCAAAUGAUACAAUGGGGUUGGAAAACAAGACUGUGAUCGUCACCACUAUUCUAGAAGCACCGUAUGUAAUGCUAAAGAAGAAUGCUGACCUUUUUGUGGAUAAUGAAAGAUAUGAGGGGUACUGUGUGGACUUGGCAGCUGAAAUAGCAAAACACUGUGGAUUUAAAUAUCAGCUGAAAAUAGUUGGAGAUGGCAAAUAUGGAGCCAGAGAUGCAGAGACGAAGAUCUGGAAUGGAAUGGUUGGAGAGUUGGUUUAUGGGAAAGGAGACAUAGCAGUGGCUCCACUGACUAUCACUUUAGUCAGAGAAGAAGUCAUUGACUUCUCAAAGCCAUUCAUGAGUUUGGGCAUCUCCAUCAUGAUCAAGAAGCCUCAGAAAUCCAAGCCUGGUGUUUUCUCAUUCCUGGACCCUCUGGCCUAUGAGAUCUGGAUGUGUAUCGUGUUCGCCUACAUCGGCGUAAGCGUGGUGCUUUUCCUGGUCAGUCGUUUCAGUCCAUAUGAGUGGCACACAGAGGAAUAUGAGGAUGGCCAGAUACAGACCAACGAGUCAACCAACGAGUUUGGGAUUUUCAACAGCCUUUGGUUCUCUCUUGGAGCUUUUAUGAGACAAGGCUGUGAUAUUUCACCAAGGUCUCUUUCUGGCCGCAUAGUUGGAGGAGUCUGGUGGUUUUUCACCCUGAUCAUAAUUUCAUCCUACACGGCUAAUUUGGCUGCCUUCCUUACAGUGGAGAGGAUGGUGUCUCCAAUUGAGAGUGCAGAGGACUUAGCAAAGCAAUCAGAGAUUGCUUAUGGAACUUUAGAUUCUGGUUCAACAAAAGAGUUUUUCAGGCGUUCCAAAAUCGCUCUUUUUGACAAAAUGUGGACGUACAUGAAAAGCGCAGAGCCCUCUGUAUUUGUUAAGACGACAGCAGAAGGUGUAAUGCGGGUGAGGAAGUCCAAGGGGAAGUAUGCAUACCUCCUGGAGUCCACAAUGAACGAGUACAUCGAGCAGCGCAAACCCUGUGACACUAUGAAGGUCGGAGGGAACCUGGACUCCAAAGGCUACGGCAUCGCCACCCCCAAAGGAUCCUCAUUAAGAAAUGCGGUUAACCUCGCAGUACUAAAACUGAAUGAACAAGGCCUGUUGGACAAAUUGAAAAACAAAUGGUGGUACGACAAGGGAGAGUGCGGCAGCGGGGGAGGUGAUUCCAAGGAGAAGACCAGUGCUCUCAGCCUGAGCAAUGUGGCUGGGGUCUUCUACAUCCUAGUGGGCGGCCUGGGCUUGGCCAUGCUGGUGGCCUUGGUCGAGUUCUGUUACAAGUCCCGAGCCGAGGCCAAGCGCAUGAAGGUGGCAAAGAAUGCACAGAAUAUUAAUCCCACUUCCUCGCAGAAUUCACAGAAUUUUGCCACUUAUAAGGAAGGGUACAACGUAUAUGGGAUCGAAAGUGUAAAAAUUUAAGGGGGUAGGAUACGCGGCCGUCAUUCCAGUCUGUCCCAGUGCACGCUUCUUUUGGCUUCCAUCUGUUCCAUUCCCUGAAUGUUCUAUUGAAUGAGGAGAUUUGGACUGUAAGCUGGAUCGUAUGUACUGGUGUUCCUGGUGGAAAAAAAACUUCCUCUCAGUCCACUGCACAUAUAUUGGAGAGAAAAGUUUUUUGUACAUCUCGUGUGAUUUUGUUCUGUCAAGCUCAUUGUCAUGUAUGACUGUUGUUGAAUCUCCCAUCUCUAUGGAAGCUUAUUUUU